AUGGAGAGGGUCGUCCGCCGCCUGCAGCCGGGUUGGGUGCUGGUGGCGGGCGAUUUCAACGCUCGGUCCGCUGACUGGGGCUGCCCAGUCACGGAUACGAGGGGCGAGAUGUUGGGGGACUGGGCCGCCGCACUGGACCUCCAUGUGCUAAACAGGGGUUCGGUGCCCACUUGUGUGGCGGCCCGAGGGAGCUCCAUCGUGGACAUCGCGAUGGGCUCCCCGGAGGCGCACGGCGAAAUUACCGACUGGUCGGUCUCGGACGAGGAGACCCUGUCCGACCAUCGGUACAUACUGAUGGAGGUCUCCUCUCCGACUCCGGUGAGAGAGCCGUGCGCCCGGCCCGCAGAGCCGGAGGGUGCCCCCCCGCGGUGGUCCCUGAAACAUCUCAACCCGGACUUGGCACUGGCCGCUGCCCUCGCCAAGUCCUGGGAGACUCCCCCAGAGGAGGUGGAUGUGGAAGAGGAGGCGGCGUGGUUCCGGGGGGCGAUGUCGCAAAUCUGCGACACCGCUAUGCCCCGGCGCCGUACGGGCGGGCCUCCAAAGAAGAAGGCGGUGUACUGGUGGACGCCGGAGAUCGCUUCUCUGAGAGCAGAGUGCAACUCCGCGCGUCGCCAGUACACGAGAUACCGUCGGAGGAGAAGGGCGGCGGAGGAAGAGGCGGCCCGGCUUUAUCAACUCUACCGGGCCGCUAAGAAGGCCCUCCAGGCGGCCAUUGCCACGUCCAAGGCCAAUGCCUGGGGGGAACUGUUGGAAACCCUGGACGGAGACCCAUGGGGGCGUCCGUACCGCCUAGUCCGGAAUAAGCUCCGGCAGGCGGCGCCCCCCACAACGGAGUCUCUCGAUCCGGGGUUCCUGAAGGAGGUUGUCGCCGCUCUCUUCCCGACGGAUCCAGAGGAAGAGGCCCGCCCACGGGAUGAUCCGGCCCUGGUCAGUGAACGCACUCGGUGGUCGGAAGACCUCAGGGUCACCGAGGAGGAACUGGCCAGGGCCGUUAGAAGAAUGAGGAGGAAGAAUGCUGCCCCCGGCCCCGACGGUGUGCCGGGGCGUGUUGUGGCGAUUGCCCUCAACGUUUUGGGGACCGCCUCAGGCGUCUCUUUGACAGCUGUCUGCGGUUGGGGCGGUUCCCCAAACAGUGGAAGGAGGCCGGGCUCGUCCUCAUCCCCAAACCGGGGAAGCCCGCGGAUGACCCCUCUGCCCACCGGCCUAUCUGCCUGA